AUGACUUCUUUUAUAUUGAGCGACGUGCCGACGUCGCCCUCUCCAGUGCCAACAUUUAUCACGCCGAAGCAGUGUGUCACUCAUCUUAAGCUUCUCUCAGCAUUUGCCGAGUUGCGAGAUGUAAUCAGCAACAAUGACGGACUCUUCGGGCUUUACGACCAAGGCGAACAUCGAGAGAAUGUUGCUCGAGACAAUUAUCAAGACUUAGUCAGAGAGAAGCGCUGGGCUGUAUAUGUUUCACGGGCUGUGAAACGAUACACAGAUUGGUGGUUCCGAUGUCUCCCUAGCCAGAAGCCGCUCCCCACAAUGGCAGAUAUCCGCAAGGAUGCAUAUGCCAAAGUCGUUAAGCCUAAGAAAAUAGUGCAGUGGCACGAAGAUGUCCUUCCACCUCUGGAUGUGCUUAUGGUGUGGCACUCGCAUAUGCUGAACCCACGCAAGUAUCUCGAGGACUGCAUCCGGUAUGGCAAGAUGUGUGUUUGGGGUGCACGUUUCCCCUGGGAGCUUGUUGAUCGUCAAAUCGAUGGCACCACGUUUGAAUACACAACAACUGGGGAAGCGCGUCGGUAUUUUGAGACUCAUAUCAAUUCUAGUUGGGAUAACUUGUUUGAUCCGCCCACUACCACUGUUCCGUGUCCAAACUGCGGCAUCCAGAUCGUUGUCGAAUGGACAAUGGGCCAAGACUUGGCAGAUGUCAAGCUUCCCUUUGAGGAUUUUACAGGCUUAGCUGACAAAGGCUUCCGUGCUACCUGCCACAAUUGUCAAUACCAGAUUGACCAUGACCGGCUGAAGCUGGCAAAGUGGCGUCAAGAUGUGCGGUCACUGCUGGAACAGAAUCGGCCUAUGCCCGGGUGCUUCUAUAACUUACGUGGCGUCCCAUUCCCAGUGUCGCAGAGUUGGAAAGACGCGGCAUUUCUAUAUCCAAGCCAGCUUAUCCGGGUUGUGGCAAACGAUAUACUGGAGUAUACCAAUCCUAAGACCAAUAAAUGCCACAAUAUUGCCGCCGUGCGCAAUUACUUAAAUAAAAGACUCCAAGAACGCAGAGUCCUGCAGCAGGCACACGACUCAAUAAUCUCGAAGGUUCGACCCGUUCGGACUGAGAAAAUAUGCAUCCGUCGGAUGAUUUCUCGAUACUGGGAUAAUUUCGGUCCAUUUUCCCUGGACUUGCUCGGCGCUGUCAUCAGACAAGGCAAGUUUAUUCAGCAAAUGGACCGUACAAACUGGUUUAGGUCCCCGACUCUCCAAGCCACCAUCAGCCGAUCAAUCAAGAAGUACAGUGUCUUCUUUGGGAUCAUGGCUGAUAACCCCAAGCAAAUGGCCGUACCAACAUUAGAUGUGGAUUUAGCAUGGCACACACAUCAGCUUUCUCCCAUGCAAUACUAUAACUGUAGUGUGGGCUUAGCCAGUAGCCCAUUGCGGUUCAUGGAUCACAAUGACAAGGUUGAUGAGGUAGACCUGACCAUUGGGUUCGAAUGGACUUGCAAAGCAUAUCGUGAGGUUACCGAUGGGGAGAUCUAUAGCGAAUGCGUUUGUUGGUUCUGCGAGGCGGUCCGCUACCCCGAUCUCUACGGUCAUUUCCGCUCAUCUCUAUUGUGGCUUUCCGAUGCUCGCAAAGCUGUUGAUGAGUUGCGCAGACAGCAUGAUCAUGCCUCUAAGUCUGACAAUGGACCGCACAUCUCCGUUCACAGUGCUGUCCGCCCUCAGAAGAUAUCUGAGGUCGACCGAAUCAAGAGAGAAACCAGAGCCUUGCAGCUUCUAGAAGCUUACAGAAAGUCCCUCAGGCGAGCUAAGAAGCAUUCCCGUUCUUCCAAGGCGCUUGUAUCUGCCAUUGCAGCCGUCAAUUCUGUUGUUUUGCCAACUAGUCCGCCCACGGACACAGUUAUAUCACAGGACAAGAUAAGUACGUCGUACGAUGAAGAUGAGGUCAACCCUGAGAGAAAAGAUCAUGUCCAAAACAUUAAGGAUGUCUUCGAUGUCAUCGACCAUGUCGGACGUGCGGUUCUUCUAUCGCGGGUGGGAAUUGUCUCUCUUGCGGGAAUGCAUCUGCUUGUGGGGCUUCUGCAGGGUGCGGUGGUGGUGCAGGAGGAUGUGGUGGUGCCGGAGGAUGUGGUGGAGGGGGAGGAGGAGGGAGCUCAGGAUGCGGAGGCGGUGGCGGGGGAUCUUAAUACCGGUAACUGCACCACUAUUGGUAGCGCAACUCGAAUUCCGAAAAGAUCUGGAGGUUUUUGCUCUUAG